GACUCACUAUAAUUUAAGGAAUGACCUCGUGUAUAGGCAACAUAUGCAUGCAUUAAAAGCAGCAACAAAACCCAACCCUUGGAUUCUUGAAGACCAAUACCGAACCCAACAAAGACAUUAACCCUUUCCCUAUCCCAUACUCACUUUCUCUCUGCUGCUUUUCUUUUCUUUGCUCUUCGGGCCCCCUUCACUUGAGAAACCAAUCGAGUGCAAAAGAUAUAUACUUGAUUUUGCCAUUGAUUUAAGCAUAUUAUUAUUGGAAGAGAAGAAGAGAAGGGUUGGUGUUGUAUGUUGAAGAGAGAGUUAGGAAGAUGGAAGGAGCAGAGGUGGAGCUAGAGAAAAGAAGCUUGUUCCUGAAAAGCUUGAUACAGAAGAAGAAAUGCAUAGAGCAACAAGAGCAGCAUGACCAUCUCCACAAAAACAAUGUUAGAGUCAGAGCUUCUGAUAUGCCUCUCUCUUUGCAGAACCUUGCCUUUCGUUGUGCCCGCCAUCACCUUGAUUCCAUGCCUUCCAACAAGCUUGACAGCAAACGUUUGGCUCUUGCCCUCAAGAAGGAGUUUGAUUCUUCAUACGGACCCGCUUGGCACUGCAUUGUGGGAACUAGCUUUGGGUCCUAUGUGACUCACUCUGUUGGUGGUUUCUUGUAUUUUUCCAUUGACAAGGUUUAUAUCCUUCUGUUCAAGACAGCUGUUGAACCAUUAGACCGUUGAUAACAUCCUGUUAUCAGCUUUUAUUUGAUGCAUAUUUCCUUGGCAUAUUCAAUAUCAAAAAUUUCCAACCAAACUCAUCAUAUGUAAAAUUACAAGCUAAGAACUAUAAAGAUGUGUUCUGCAAUGUGUCCAAUGCAAUUUUCGGCUAUGGGAGUGCAUUUGAGUA